UUGCAAGUUUGGGCGUUAGCCGUUGGGAAGAAUUUGAGUUAUGCGCUUAGCAACGCAUGAGUGUUCGGUUGCUAUGGCUGUGUACCCGUAUGUUGUGGUAGACAUCGGUAUGUAAAACAGUUUGAUGUCUAUUCGUUUCGUUUUUUGCUAUGCGCUGUUUAGUUUUUACGUUUCAGUAAAUGUUUUCCAAGUUUGGAUGUUAGGAGUUGGCAAGAAUUUGAGUUAUGCCCAUAGCAACGCACAUAGCAACGGACUUGUUGUGUUGCGGUUGCUAUGGCUGUGUACCUGUAUUUUGUGAUUACAGAUGCAAUAUAUUGCACUCAUGCACACAGAUUCUAAUAUCUUAUAUUUGUAUUAGCCCCCCUUCACCUCACAAUCAUUCUCCUUCAUCACCAGAUCCACAUUUAUCACUACCUGCUACUUCUCUACCUGCCAAUUCACCCCCUACUUCUCAUUCAGCUCCUUCUUCUUCAGUCACUGCUGUUUCUGUGUCAUCAACUCUUCCCCAUCAGCAACCACCACCUCAACCUCGUCAGCAGCCAACUAGAAAACAGCCAGCUCGUCGUCGAGCAACUCAACGUCGAGCAACUCAACGUCAUUCACCAGCUUCCUCGUCUGAGUCAUCUGACUCUGAGCCUGAGCCAGCUGCCCGUCUUGAUCGCCGCACUGAUGCACUGCCUGUCGAGCAUUUGUGCCAUGUUCCACCUGUGGAUGAUUACCAACGGCAAUUACCACAAUUUGCACCACGAAGGCCGGCAGGAUUCUACCCUCCUCAACCGUAUCCUACCACUGCUGUAGGAUUCUUCAAAUUGUUCUUUACUGACAACAUGCUGGAGAUUAUCAGAACAAACAGUAACAUCAACGGUGAAGAUAACUGCAAAAAAAGUUAUAGAGGCAAGUCUGGAGGACGGCGAGGGGAGGGUAGUUUUCGACCAGUGACGGUUGUCGAGAUGAACUCGCUGAUUGGGCUCUUGAUAUACAUGGGACUUGUCAAGGUUCCUGAGCUCACAGAUUACUGGCGCACAACUUUUCCCUUUUACGGGUUGUGGGCCAGAAAGUUCAUGUCUCGCGACCGUUUUGACGCAAUCCUAUCGGUCCUACAGAUGGAAAAUCCUCGUACUGAUAAGGACCGAGAGGCUGACCCAUUGAGAAAAGUUCGUACAGUAUACGACGAAUUACGUAGAAAUUGUCUUGAAUAUGGUCAGCCUCAAGCCCGUGUCUCACUUGACGAGCGCAUGGUGAAAGCCAAAGGCCGUUUUGCUUUUAGGCAAUACAUCAAAAACAAACCCGUCAAGUGGGGUGUGAAGUUGUAUUGUGUAUGCGAUUCUAUUUCUGGCUACACAUACAACUUCGAUAUUUACACGGGCAAGGAGCGUCAAUCAUCAGUGGCGGCGACAGCGGGAAUAACAACAUCACAAGCAGCAACAACAGCAGCUGCAACCACAACACCAUCAGCUGGCUCAGCUCGAAAACGACGGAAGACAACACUUCAGUCAGCAGAUGACACAAGUGUGAUCCAUCGUACAGUCAUGCGUAUGAUGGAUCCUCUCCUUGAUCAGGGGUACACUGUGUACACUGAUCAAUUCUAUACAUCAGGACCCCUGUUCAAGGAGCUCUAUGACCGGCGUACAAUGGCCUGUGGUACAGUCCAGAAAAACAGGAAGGGUGUUCCUGCCGAUUUGAAGAACAUUCGUCUGUUCUCAAAAUUGCCACGAGGUUCAUUUCGUUAUGAAUGUGAUGGUCCACUCUGUACCAUUCAAUGGGUGGACCGUAACGUGGUAACGCUUAUGAGCACCCUUCAUUCUGGACACCAUCAUGCUCUUUGCGAAAGAUUCACCAAGGAUCGUGCAAAGUAUGAUGGGCACCACAGGAUCCGUAUUCUCAGACCUGAGGCUAUUUGCGACUACAACGCCCACAUGGGAGGUGUAGAUAAAUCAGACCAAAUGAUUAAAUAUUAUGAAGUAUUGCAUAAGAGCCUCAAGUACUGGAAGAAGAUCUUUCUGCACAUGAUUGACUUAGCUAUUCUCAACAGCUUCAUCAUGUUUACUGCCCUUCAAAAACAACAUCCUCAAGAUGAACGUCUCCAGAGGAAAGGGCAGUAUGCGCAGAAAGACUUCAGGUGUGAGCUUAUCCGAGGGUUGGCAGGAAUUGACAUUAGCGAACCAUUAGCCCAAUUUUGUUUUUUGACAAAACGUAUGAUACAAAUUCCCGCACCGACACCACAACAACGGAGACGACAACAAGAAGAAGAACAACAACAACAACAGCAAAUACAGCAAUUACUAAUAUUAUCACAAGUACAACAACAUAGAGUAGACACACAACAACAACAACUUAUACAACAACAACAACAACAACAGAUGCAACAAGAAAAAGAACAGAUGAAACAACAAAAAGAACAGAUGAAACAAGAAAAAGAACAGAUGCAACAACAAAAAGAACAGCUGCAACAACAACUCACACAUGCACAACAACAAAUACAACAACAACAACAACAAAUACAACAACGACAACAACAGCAACAACAAAUGCAACAACAAAUGCAACAACAACAUUUACUGAUACAACAACAGCAACAACAAAUACAACAACAGCAACAACAACUACAACAGGUGCCAAACCCUCGGUAUAGCUCACACAUGCCGGUUAUAGCAGAGGGGUUAGUACGUUGCAUUGUUUGUGUAUCUGAAGGCAGACAUAACUCAAAAACCAGGUAUCGCUGCCAAGAAUGCAACGUCCCCCUCUGUGUGUCAUCUGCUGAGCGAUAG